UUGACGUUUCUCCACCUGACCGCUGGGGGCGCUGUGGUUUAAAUUCAUCCCUUCCUUCAGCCGGUCUCCUCCAGAAAACAUGGCGGAGGUUAGGUACUGUGUGGGAAGGGGAGCGUUUGAAUUUGGACUUAAAAUGUCUAAAUCCCAACUUCUGCAGAACCGAAUCCGACUCGGAACAAAGGCGGUACACCCUGGUUCUCUGUCGGCUGGGUUUCCGUUUGAUGACAAUGAAAACUGUGAGCGGAACCGAGCUGGAAGAGGAGCGGAGCGGGCAGCUGCUGCUGGCUGUCGGGACAGUUGUACUAAGGUGAGCCCGCUGCCGGGUGGAGAAACCGGUCCGGAGAAGCGAGACACGCCUAAAAAACGCUGUUUUCUGGAACAUAAGAAUGAUUUAUGUUCAAAUGAGACUCUGAUGGAAUUCACUAAGCGGAAUGUUCCUCUGUAUCGGAGAUGUGAGAAGUUGUGGAGGACUUUGUUCCUCUUUCCUCCAAGCCGGACUCUGCAUCUGGAUCCUGGAUCUCCUCCGUUUGUUUUCAUCAGGAGCUACAGCGGAAAUGGGUCUAGAUCUGAGCCGCUGUACAAAACAAAAACCGGCUACUACGAUGUCCUAGAAGUCCCAACCACGGCCACCAAAGCCCAGAUCAAAACCGCCUACUACAAGCAGUCCUUCGCCUUCCAUCCGGACCGGAACCCGGGCAGCGCGGAGGCAACCGACCGCUUCUCGGAGAUCAGCGAGGCCUACACGGUACUGGGCGACAAGGUCCUCCGGAAGAAGUACGAUCUGGGGCUCCUGAGCCCGUCGGACCUCAGCGGCAGAGGCAAACCCUCCACCGGGGUCUUCACGGGGCGCUCAGCCGAGCAGCAGCCCGGGAGCAGGCGGUCAGUGUCGGGCGCAGAGUUGAGAGACAGGCUGUACGACUUCGAUGAGUUCUACAAGGCCCACUACGGAGAGCAGCUGAAGAGGCAGAGAGACGUCCGGCUCCGGAGGGAGGAGAGGCUGAAGAGGGAGGACAACUCCGGAGACACGGAAUUUGCCAACAUGAUGGAGUUCGGAGUUGGGCUGAUGGUGCUGUUGGCCGUGGGGAUUAUAAUUAGCAUAGGGAAGUGAGGAAAGUUUGGUGGAUGGAUAAGCUCUUAUAGGCUGCUGCUUGUUUUGUGCUUUAAAGCUGCUAUAUGUAACUUUUAAAUAAUUAUUUAACCAUAUUUGUUAAAACUCUCACUAUGUUGUGACAGUGCAAUAUGAGACAGAUAAUCUGUGAAAAGAUAAGGCUCUAUCAGGAAAAAUUGGCACCACAGUAGAGAGAAAGGGGGGAGGGAAUGAGCAGCACCACAUGGAGGAUGAUUGGCAGCGCUAAGACCCCCCUUCUUCCUUUGAUUAGGAAAAAACAACCAAGUUCCUCUGCUUUCUAGAAACAACCACAGAUUAUCUGCUUCAUUCCAUUCUGUAUGACAGGCAGUUUCAACAAAUGUGUAAAAAAAAAACAAACAAAACAUGAACAUUACAAACUGCAAACAAAAUGACAGUCAGAGAUCGACACACCCAGAGCUGGAUGAUUCAACACUUAGUCUUAUACAACCCAUGCUUUGAUCAUUUUGGUUUGAUUAGAGUUCAUAAUAUUUCAUAAUUUACACAUUUUUUCACUGGCUAGUUUGGAAUGUCUGAUAUACAAUUUAUAUAUAUCACCAUAAAAUGCAGUCAACUCAUGUAUAUUUGAUUUAUUUUCUCCUAUUUCUGUUUAAUUUGGUCUAUUUGUACUAUAUAAAAUGUGACAGAAUGUGAAGCCUGAUCAAACCAAAAAAAUUUUAGGUACAUAACCGGGUUUCCUUGCAUUAACUUGAUAAAUGAUUAAAACUCAUCAGAGUAAAAGUGGGUACAGAAAGAAAUGUGGAGGAAGGAUUCAGAACUAUUUUGUACCCAAUUUUGUCUUUCACAAACACAAAACAACAAAGAUAUUAGUUGAUUUUAAGACAAUGGUAAUGUAAGAACAUAUUAAUUUAUCUCCACAUUUCUUUAGUGCAUAAAAUGUUUAUCAUUGUAAGAUGAUCCGUUAUUAUUUUGCACAUUGGUGGAAAAAAUGUUGGAUUCAGGAACAUCAAGUUUUUCACCUAAUGGAUAUUUAAAUCUAACUCUGGGAAGUUUGGUGGUUGGGAUUCCUGAUUUCUCUUUCUGCUCAAGAAAUUUCACAGCCACUGGAUAUUUUAUUUCAACUGUUUUUGACUUUUAUAAAGUCAUGUAUCCUUCAGGCUUGUACAUUUUAUUAAGUAUUUAUAAAAUGGAUAAAGCAUUGUAAGCACUUUUAAACAGCUCCACUGAUCUGAGAUCAGGUUGUCAUUCUAAGGGAAGUGCCUUUUAUUUUUACUGUGAAUGUUGAACGUUAUAUUGUUCCAGAGAUUAAAAAUUACCCACAAACAGCUCUUUGACGGUGCCUCUCCU